AUGGAAGGACGCGUUGCCAUUGUAACUGGAGCUUCAUCCGGCAUGGGCGAAGCUCUAACUCGAGAGCUAGUUUCCAAAAACUGGAUCGUAGCAAUGGCCGACCUUCACGAGAACCCCCAACUCUCCCAAGACCUGCGCAGCAACGCAAAAUUCUACCAAACCGAUGUCGCCGACUACGAAUCCCAAGCCAAAACUUUCCAUCAGGUCUUCCAAGACUUCGGAAGAAUCGACGCGUUAUGCGCAAAUGCGGGAAUCGUGGAUCGCAGCUCGAUUUACAUUUUAGAUGCCAGAGACGAGGAUGCUGAUACAAUUCCCCCGGCUCCAGACCUCAUUUGUACCGAUGUGGACUAUAAAGGUGUCGUCUAUGGAACACAGCUCGCGAUUCACUUUAUGCGGAAAAAUUCCCCUCGGCCGGGAGGUGCGAUUGUGGCUACGGCAUCCAUUGCCGGAGUGCAUCCUCACCCAACAUACCCCGAAUACUGCGGCGCCAAAGCCGGAGUCAUCGUUUUCGCAAAAGCUAUUGCGGGAGUUUUGAAGGCGAAGGAGAAUAUUCGGAUCAAUACCGUUUGCCCGGGGAUUGUGAGCACGCCGAUCAUUCCGGCGGAAGUGGUUGCUGUGCAAAAGGAUUUUUUGACGCCUGUGAAGACGGUGGUGGAUGCUUAUGUGAAGUUGUUGGAGGAUCCGGCGAUUUUUGGGGAGGCGAUCGAGUGUUCGGCGACGAAGCAUUUUUUGGUGCCCCAGCCGCCGAUGUGUAAUGGGAGUGUUACGAGGAGGGCGGUGACGGUGUGGGAACCGUUGUUUAAGAGUAUGCAUCAUGAGAUUUCGGGGUUGGAAGAUGCGAUUGCUUGA